CUACUAUCAUCAUCUACUACUACUACUGCUAUCUAUCACCUACACUACUAUCACAACUGCUAUCACCCACACUCAACUGCUCUGGUCAUAGCUGACUCAUCUGUGAAAUCAACAUUCAGAUCUGUCCACCCCUUCCCCCGCUGUCGAUUGGAUCAUCACCCGUCGAGUCAUAGAGUUGAACUAGAUCCUCUCCGUUUCAAUUUCUUCUUCCCUCCCCAGAACCCUUUCCCUUCGCUCAGACUUUUCUUCCACCAUACUCCAUAAAAUGCAGCCUCCUGGAAUAUACAACCAUCACCGCCUCCAACCAGCCAACACGCAGACGAUUGUACAGAUUCAAUCGGUACCAAAUCCACCGAGCAGCAGGUUGAAUGAUCUGCUCGAAGCUGUCAAAGCUGAAGUGGAAGUGGCUGGAAGGGAUGGACACGAGUGGAAGGCUCAACGUGACGAAUACGAACAAAGGUUACAAUUGCAAAUAGGAGAAUUGUCCAUGGUCCGUCAAGCUCUUUAUGAGUUAGAAGCCAAUUACGCAAAAGCUAGAGACCAAUACGAAUCGGAGAUACAGCGACUUCGAAGAGAAAUCGAUAAUCAAAGAGGUGGAACAGGAAAUGGUACACCUCCUGUCCCUCCGAGGGAAGGAGAACCUUCAAGAUAUCCCGCCCUCACCGCGCCUCUCAACGGUGAUAAUGCCCGCACUCCCUUCCCACCUCCUGGCCUUCGACCAGGAUCCACAGAUCGUGAUCUGGUCCGUCGAGGCCCGCUUCCUCCCCCUCCCACUUCGAGCGCCACCUACCAGCCAUCUAAUUCACCCCCUCAGAUGUUGUCGGAUCUUGAUCCUGAUAAUGUGUCUCGGGAAUUGAAGAAAGAAGGAAGUGAUUGGUUUGCCGUAUGGAGUAGUCAGAGUAAGAAACAGUUGGAUGUGAGCUUGGUUCAUACGUUGAACCAUGAAACCGUCGUGUGCUGCGUGAAAUUCUCGAAUGACGGCAAAUAUUUAGCUACAGGAUGUAACAGAACGGCCCAAAUCUAUGAUGUCAAAGAUGGUCGUAAAGUCUGCGUAUUGCUCGAUGAAUCAACUACGCGAACUGGGGAUCUUUACAUUCGAUCCAUCUGUUUCUCACCCGAUGGAAAGUAUUUAGCAACGGGCGCUGAGGAUCGACAAAUCAGAGCGAAUGUGAUCGUCGCUCAUAUGCAGAUCUGGGAUAUCCAGAAGAAACGUAUACGUCAUCUUCUCCAAGGUCACAUGCAAGAAAUCUACUCUCUCGAUUUCUCCAGAGAUGGUCGAUUCCUCGUUUCCGGUUCUGGAGACAAGUCUGCACGUAUAUGGGAGAUUGAAAAGGGUCAAUGCGUGUUCGACUUGAGGAUUGAAGAUUUUAUACAUAAUGAGACUGGACCGAUAGAUGCGGGUAUCACCAGUGUUGCGCUCUCUCCAGAUGGUAAACUCGUCGCUGCUGGGUCACUAGAUACAAUGGUCAGAGUUUGGAACGUCAACACUGGUCAACAAGUUGAACGUCUGAAAGGACACAAAGAUUCGGUGUAUUCAGUCGCAUUCUCACCCGACGGCAAACUCCUCGUUUCUGGCUCUUUGGAUCGUACCCUCCGAGUAUGGGAUCUAUCACAGACUAAAAGGGCUGUGGAGAAUGCCGGACCUGGGAAUAAAGAGAUGGUAGAGAAGGGGUUGGGUACUUGUCAAGCUACUUUGAAUGGGCACAAGGAUUAUGUCCUCUCCGUAGCUAUAUCCCCCGACGGUCAAUGGGUCGUAUCAGGUUCAAAAGAUCGUUCCAUCCAAUUCUGGAACAUCGUUUCGGGUCAAGUACAAUUCAUGUUACAAGGUCACAAGAAUAGCGUGAUUUCGAUUGAUUUAGCAAGAAGUGGAGGGUUGUUAGCUAGUGGAAGUGGGGAUUGUCAAGCGAGGAUUUGGCGAUAUGAUGCUUUGUGA